AUGGACGUCGGUGAAGGCCCCUCCCAUGCCCAGUCCCCACCCUCAAGUUCUCGGGAAGAGAUCAUCCAGGUCGGACACACGGUACUCCUCAAAAUUCCCACUGGCGACAUUCGUACCAUUAAGGUGGAGUCCAAUGCAACCGUCCAUUUGGGAAGAUUCGGCUCUUUUCAGGCCGCGGAGCUCAUUGGGCAACCGUUGGGCCUGUCAUAUGAGAUCGUAGGCAAGAAGCUCAAAGUGCUGCCGCCGCGUCUAAUGCAGGAAGUAGAGGAUACGGAGGCCACGAACGAGCUCAUUAACGACGGUCAAUUCGUUCAGCCACUGACACUUGACGAAAUCGAGACGUUGAAGAAAUCAGGGUUACAUGCUUCGGAAAUCAUCAAGAAGCAGAUAGAGCAACAUGCAAAUUAUUCCCUGAAGACAGAGUAUAGCAAAGAGAAGUACAAGAAACGGAAGGAAAUGAAGUACUCCAAAACGUUUUCAAUUAUUGAGCCAACUAUGUACAAUGUGUGCGAAUACUGGUUCAACAAAGAUCAGAACCGACUGCGGGAUAUUCGGAUGGAUACUCUCGCUCAGAUGCUCAACAUCGCGGGUAUACGACCGGGUGGUAGAUAUCUCGUGGUUGACGACGCAUCUGGAGUGGUAGUGAGUGCAGUCCUUGAUCGUCUUGGAGGACAAGGACGGUUGAUCACUGUAUGCGACGUAGACUCUCCCCCGGCAUACCCAGUGAUGGUACAAAUGAACUUUCGCAAAGAGAUGACAGCAAUAAUGUCGUCUCUCAACUGGGCUACCGCAGACGAAGAGUACACCCCUGUCUUUGCUUCGUCAGAACCCCCGUCUGGAAAGUUUAAAUCUGACGGGCAGCGCACACGCUUGACGAAGCGAAAGAUCACUGCAGACGCGCUGGUGUCAACUCGAGAAGAACUCUUUGCGGGCGAGUUCGAAGCAUUGAUCAUUUCGAGCCAAUACGACCCAUACUCCAUCAUAGAAAAACUCUAUCCGUAUUUAGGCGGUUCAGCGUCGAUCGUCGUGCAGAGUCCCCAUGUGCAGAUUGUGUCGAAUCUUCAAAACCAGCUUCGGGACUUGCCUGGCUAUCUCGGCCCCACUGUCACUGAAGGAUGGCUACGGCGAUACCAGGUGCUACCGGGGCGCACGCACCCUAUGAUGACCGGGUCAGGAUCGGGUGGAUUCAUUUUGCAGGUUUUCAAAAUCUACGAUGAUCCGGAAGCCUUGUCCGCCAUGACCCAAAGGCAUCACAAAAAGGCCAAGCCGGAUGUUGAUAUUCCCGAGCAAGAGACUGCUCAGUUGAAGCCGCCGUUGGAGCCUGUUGUGAAGGCAGAGCAGCAAGACGUUGAUAUGCGGACAUCAUAG